CGAAACCGGAAGUACGAUUUGGCUAGUUCGACGCGAGCUUGUCGAAGUCCAUUCCAAGCAAACUUCACAGGCAGCGGCUUCAAAAGUUCCGGGCGGACUCCAAACGUCACACGAUAACAUUCCAAAGUAAACAAAGUGUCUUCGUCUUGACCUCGCUGUAAAGGAGGAGGAGGAGGAAAGAGGAGUGUCCCACUUGUUGGCGGAGGAACUCUGGGCUUGUUGCUCUUGUUGCUCUGACAUGUUUGGCGGCGGCGCGGCCAGAAGUGGCAAAAGUUAGCGGAGCCCUUCGUGAACGAACGGGACGAAGCGAUGGCUCCCUGCCGGAGAAAGAGCCGGCUCACUUUCAAGGGGCUCCUGGCAGCCGCCGCCGUGUUGGCGCUAUUCUACUACUUCGGGGACUUUUCUCCGGGCGCCAACGUUGCCCUGCAGCGGAAGGCCCACACAGGUGGAGGUGGAGGAGGUGGAGAGGACCUGAGCAGGCCGGUGUACGAGAAGCCCCCCCUGGACCCCGGCGCCCCCGGGGAGAUGGGCGCAGCUGUCCGCCUGCAGCUGGACGAGGAGGAGAGGCGGAAGGAGGAGGCGAGCUUGGCCAAGCAUCAGAUCAACAUUUAUGUCAGCGACCAGAUCUCCGUGCAUCGCCGCCUGCCGGAGAGGAGGAACCCGCUCUGCCUGGACCUGCACUACGACUACACGUCCCUGCCCACCACCUCGGUGGUGAUCGCCUUCUACAACGAGGCCUGGUCCACGCUGCUCAGGACCGUCCACAGCGUCCUGGAGACGUCUCCGGACAUCCUGCUCAAGGAGCUGGUGCUGGUGGACGACUACAGCGACAGAGCUCACCUGAAGGCGCCGCUGGAGAAGUACCUGUCGGGCCUGAGGAAGGUGCGCCUGGUGCGGGCCACCAAGAGGCAGGGCCUGGUGCGAGCCCGCCUGCUGGGAGCCUCCCUGGCCACGGGCGACGUGCUGACCUUCCUGGACUGCCACUGCGAGUGUCACCAGGGCUGGCUGGAGCCCCUCCUCCAAAGGAUCAAAGAGGAGCCGUCGGCCGUGGUGUGUCCCGUCAUCGACUCCAUCAACUGGAACACCUUUGAGUACCUGGGCCACUCAGGUGAGCCCAACAUCGGCGGCUUUGACUGGCGGCUGGUCUUCACCUGGCACACCAUCCCCCAGUCUGAGAAGACACGCCGCCUUUCGCCUACUGAUGUCAUCAGGUCUCCGACUAUGGCUGGGGGUUUGCUCUCCAUCAACAAGAAGUAUUUCCACUACCUGGGGACGUACGACACGGGAAUGGAGGUGUGGGGAGGAGAGAACCUGGAGAUGUCCUUCAGGAUCUGGCAGUGCGGCGGCAGCCUGGAGAUCCACCCGUGCUCCCACGUGGGCCACGUCUUCCCCAAGAAGGCGCCGUACCCGCGCACCCAAGCCCUGGCCAACAGCGUGCGGGCCGCCGAAGUGUGGAUGGACGAGCAGAAAAGGAUCUACUACAACCGCAACCCCCACGCCAAAGUGGAGCCCUUCGGGGACGUGUCAGAGCGACUGGUUCUCCGAGAGAAGCUGGGCUGUAAGAAGUUCAGGUGGUACCUGGACAACAUCUACCCGCAGCUCCACGUGCCGGAGGACCGGCCGGGCUUCUUCGGAAUGCUGAAGACCUGGGGCCUGGAGAACUACUGCAUGGACUACCCUCUGGAAGAAAGCGGCAUGUAUGGCAAAAAGGUCACCAUGUACCCGUGCCACGGCCAGGGCCAGAACCAGUUCUUUGAGUUCACCAGCCAAGGAGAGCUCCAAUUCAACGCCCGUGCGCCCGCCGGCUGCGUGGAGGGCGAUGUGGUCAGCACCUACCUGAUGGUCCAAGAGUGCAGGAAGCCCGGCGUGGCCCAGCACAAGUUCCAGCUCAGAAAGGAUGGCAGCUUGUUCCACGAGGUCAGCCAGAAGUGCGUGCAAGCGGUGGACAAGCUCCCGGUCCUGCGGCCCUGCUCCAACACCAAGGAGCAGAAGUGGUUCUUCCAGUAGCCAGCGUAACAGAACUUUGCCUACUUUUAUUGUUGCUCACUGCCUUGCAGCCUCAGGGAUUUUAUAGAUCCUGAAAAAAGAUGCCAGAUGAAGAACAGCCUCCUCUUUCAUUGUGCCUCCAUCUGGACAAACACUCCAUGCUUGGCCUGCAGAGGGCGCUGCUGCUCCUCCAUGGAGCCUGCAGAGGGCGCUGCUGCUCCUCCAUGGAGCCUGCAGAGGGCGCUGCUGCUCCUCCAUGGAGCCUGCAUUGCUCCUUCAGGUGGGGAUUCUGCUCAUUAGGAGCGCUUUUUGUUUUACAAGUCUGUCUACUGCGGUACCCCCAUUUGGCUAGUAAUAUCUGGUGAUGGGUCAAACGACACCAUGUGUGCGUCACUUUAAGAAAAAAGAACGUGUGUGAUAUUGACUGUGAGGCGCAAAACUUUUUUUUCUUGUUUUCUUUAAUCAUUUGAUUGUAUCUACAAAAAUCGCGCAGAAUAUUAAUCACUCUAACAACUAAGCUUUUAUUUUUUUAUGAAAUGUUAGUUUAUUUACAAAAAUCACACAGAAUAUUAAACACUCAAAUCCCUAAGUUUUUCUUUUUUCUUUUUUUUAAUUAAAUGUUACUUUAUGUACAAAAAUGACAAAUAAUAUAAAUCACUCUGUUAACUAAAUUCAAGUUUUUUAUUAAAUUGUUUUGUAUUUACACAAAUCACAUAUGAAUAUAAAUCACUCUAAUAACUGAGUUUUUUAGUUAUUUUCUUGUUUGUUAAAUGUUAUUUUAUUUACAAAAAUCACACAGAAUAUUAAUCACUUAAAUCCCAAAGUCUUUUAUGUUACUUUAUUUACAAAAAUAACAAAGAAUAUAAUUCACCCUAUUAACUAAAUUUAAGUUUUUUCUUAUUGUUUUUUAUUUACACAAAUCACAUAUGAAUAUGAAUAUGAAUCCCUCUAAUAACGGACUUUUUUUUUUUCUUUCUUGUUUAUUAAAUUGUAUUUUAUUUACAAAAAUCUCACAGAAUAUUAAUCACUCAAAUUCCAAAGUUUCUCUUUUUUCUUUUUUUUAAUUAAAUUUUAAUUUAUUUACGAAAAUUACAAAGAAUAUAAAUCACCCUAUUAACUAAAUUUUAUUUUUUUAAUUACAUUUUAUUAGAUUGUUUUUUAUUUAAACAAAUCACAAAUGAAUAUUAAUCCCUCCAAUAACUGAGAUUUUUUGUUUUUUUUCUUGUUUAUUAAACGUUAUUUUAUUUACAAAAAUCACACAGAAUAUUAAUCACUCAAAUCCCUAAGUUUUUCUUUUUUCUUUUUUUUAAAUAAAAUCUUACUUUAUUUACGAAAAUAACAAAGAAUAUAUAUCACCCUAAUAACUAAAUUUAAGUUUUUUACUAAAUUGUUUUUUAUUUACACAAAUCACAUAUGAAUAUGAAUCACUCUAAUAACUGAGUUUUUUCGUU